CCUCAACAUCAGCCUUAUUCCAUACAUGACAAUGAGUCCGGUGUAUUAAAGGUCUCUUGUCUUUAAUAACCUUCUCUUUUUCUCUUUCUUUCCAUCUUUUCCUUCUUUUUUUUCUUUAACUCUUUUCAUUACCUUUCCUUAAUUCUGUCAUUAUAUAUAAUGAAGUUGCUUAUUUGCAUUUCUCUUUGCGCACUUGUAAUUGCUUCCCUCGCCAAUGUUGUUCAGGCUUACGAAAUUCGUGGUCGUGGUCUUGCCACCGUCAUGGACUUUAACAACGGUACAUCCCUUGAAAAGCGUGGUGGUCGUGGUACCUGGUACAGUGGUAGUGAUUUGAAGAAUGCCGCCUGUUACGAUCGUAUCGGUCUCCCCGCUUACUCUGCUACCAUUUACAGUAUGAUUGGUGCCAUGGCCAUGCACAAGUUUGAACAAUGCUACAAGUGUAUGAAGAUUACCAACAACAAGCACAAGACAAAGACUGUUGUUGUCAAGAUUGUUGACAAAUGUGCUGGUUGUAAGGUCAACAAGGCUAUUGAUUUGACUCCUGCUGCCUUCAGGAAGCUCGAUAACCUUGAUGCUGGUGUUGUUGACAUCUCUUGGAAGUCCGUCAAGUGUCCUAGCAACAUCAAGCCCAAGUACGGUCCCAAGAAGAAGUAAAUUCAAUCUACAUUUCUCAUUAUAAACCUUUCCGUUCUUUUUUUUCAUUUUGUACUUAUUCAUAUACUUUAAAACAAUGAAGUUGUAGAUGAAUUAAAAUUUCACUUUUAUUUUUUACAGCACAUAUUUAUUCAUAUAAAAAUAAUAGCAAAAAAUAGA